AAUAAACAGAAACAUACUCAGUAGUAGACUGAGAAAUAGAAGAAAUAAAAAUAAAAAGAACUCCCAACCUUCUACCUGCGCCGCACGCUGCCCAAACUUCUUUUUCGCAGUAAAAAUUUCUCGAGCCUCUCCUCCUCUUCUCGGCCCAGCACAACUCAUUUCCUCGCCAGAUACCAGAAGAGAACGAUGGCAGAGGUCGAGAAAAAGAUAAAGAAGCGGAAGAGGUCAUCUGUCUCAGCUCCGGCUGAGUCGGAAUCACCCAAGAAAUCCUCGCUGGCUGCUACAGAGGUUAGCAAAGAAGCCGCGACCGUCUCGCAGUCGAUCCUGUCCGAGAUCCCCCGCCAGGGCGCAUACCCGCCGUCGAGCGUCUCCGUGCUCGGCAACCCGCCGCCGUCGCAGUGCUUCUUCCGCGUGUCUGCAGAGCUGUAUCUGUCUAUUGCGCCGAUGUACUCUCUCUCGCCGCUGCAGGGCGUUCGGGCGCAACAUCUGGAUCCGCUCACAAUGACAUAUUUCCAUCCCGUCAAUGGUAUAGUGCUGGCCGUGCUUGACGUAUCAGUCGAUGAGAACGCGGGUGCUAGGAUAAUCAACGAGUCUCCCUUUGCAUUUGCGUGGGUCAACGCAGAGUUUCUGGUGUGGAGACCAAAGCGAGGAGACAUUUUACAGGGAAGAAUCAACAUGCAGUCGCGCAGUCAUAUCGGUCUCUUGGUCUGCGACGUUUUCAACGCAAGCAUAACUCGCGACCGGAUACCACCGAAGUGGAAGUUUGUCGAGAAUGAUUACAACAAUGAGGAGGAAGAAGAGGAAGAAGAAGAAGACCGCGACGCAGCUGGUCUCUUGAUCAGCGGCGACGAUCGACCGGCCGCGAGCAAGAGCUACGGUAGCUGGGUGGAUGCGAAGGGAAAGAAGGUCGACGGCAAGCUUACGUUCGUCAUUGAGGCCCUCGAGACCUCUGGAAAGCUAUUCUCGAUCGAAGGAAGUCUUUUAAAACUGGGUGAUGUCAAUAGCAAGGAUCUGACGGCACCAGGAGCCAGGGCCGAUUAAGUGUGCUAAAAAUUUUGGGAUCUCUGUUGGCUAACAGAGGAUAAGAAAAUUAGAUUACUCUUUCUGUACAUUAUUUCAAUUGCUUUAGAUGUUUAUUUGCAUGAUUUUUGGAAGACAAAAAUGUGUCGGGGGUUUCGUUUCUUGAAAGGGUAGAUUUACGAUGACCAA